AUGGUCGGUCCGCAUCCGGAUACCCGUCCGGAUGCGGAUAUCCGAUGGCAAUUUCAGCGAAAUUGCACAUCCGCAUCCGCACCCGCACCCGCUAGCGGGGCUUCCUUCCAGCCGGCCAUCUCCCCUCCCGGCCGCGGGUAUCCUUUGGGAUACCCGGAUACCCGCCAGCGAUUUGCGGAAAAGGGGCCAUCCGCACCCGAAUCCGCACCCGCUGGCGGGUAUCCGUUGGCACAGGCGGGUAUCCGCCAGCGGAUAACGGGUAUCCGCCAGCGGAUAACGGGUAUCCGCGACGGAUACCCUUCGACCAUCUCUAGAUAUAACGCUGCUGUUAAGAAAUUCAUAUUCUUCAAAAACUUGUCAGGAGACCACGACUUCGUUCUACCAGCUACGAGUAAAGAUAUAGAAGAUUUUUGUUUUUGGGCAGGAAGAAACCUUUACUUAAACAACUCUUACAAAAUAUCGGCGAGUUCAAUUAGGAAGUACUUAUGCGGCAUAAAGGCAUGGCACACUUUCCAUGACACGUUGUACCCAGAAAUAGCGGAUAAACGAAUCGAAUUAUUACUAAAGGCAUCGGCUAAAGUGGACGCAACUAAACCGCUCAAACCAAAGAAACCGGCGAUAAUGUUGAAACAUCUAAUAUGGCUGUCAAACAUGUUAUUUCCGGGUGGAAAGGCCGACAAAGCGAUAAUGGAUUUGGCGAUCGUGGCCUUUUGGGGUAUGGCCAGAAUCGGAGAAUUGACAUACAGUAAACCUACAGGAUCAAUUGAAAGUCAACUGUCACUCUUAACGACAGGCGCUCGUAUUGUGAAUUCGGCAAUCGGAGAGAAAGUCAUUUUGACGGUACGUAACGCAAAAACGGCAACACCGGGUAAACCUCAAGAAAUAGUCUUACAUAGCUUGAAAAACAUGUUAUGUCCGGUUUUGGCGAUUAAGAGAAGACUGGAAGAAGCAGCAGGACAAAAAACGUCCCUUUUUGGUUUUUUCUGCGGCGAGACCCGAAAACACCUGACACGAUCGAUUGCCGUAAAUCGAAUUCAAUUAGUCUUGAGAUCAGGAGGAUUCGACGGGUUGUUAGGCCAUUCCUUUCGGGUCGGGGGAGCAUCGUUGCGGUUCGCACUCGGAACACCUGUAGAUGAAAUAUGCGUUUUAGGCAGAUGGGUGUCGAAUUGCUAUAAGUUAUACAUUAGAGAGUAUGACAAUUCUUCACUUCUCGAAUCAAAAAAGAUUAUAGAGGAGUUAAACGAGUUAUGGGAUGAGGAUUGA